CCUGUCUCUCUCCAGCAGCCAUGUCUCCCGAAGGGCCCUGUUGCUAGUGUGAUGCGGAUGAGUCAAGUUUAUGGGCUGGAAGUCCUACCGGAGGCUGCUCACUGAGCAGUAACCAAAGGGCUACAAGGGCGAUGGGGGGAGGGGGUCCAAAGGACAGGGCACCCCGCUUGCUGCCAUUGCCCUGGCCUCCUCACGCAUGCCGGCCGUUGCUUCAGGCCUCCCCUGUGCCCAGGCCCAAGAUGACACCCAACAGCACCAGGGAUGUGCCCAGUGCCGUUCCCGUGGGGGCCUUAGGGCUCUCCCUGGUCCUGGCAAGCCUCAUCGUCAUGGCCAACCUGCUCCUGGCCCUGGGCAUCGCGGGGGACCGCCACCUGCGCAGCCCGCCUGCUGGCUGCUUCUUCCUGAGCCUGCUGCUGGCGGGGCUGCUCACCGGGCUGGCCCUGCCUGCGCUGCCAGGCCUCUGGAGCCAGAGCCACCGAGGUUACUGGUCCUGUCUCUUCCUCUACUUGGCUCCCAACUUCUCCUUCCUCUCCCUGCUCGCCAACCUGUUGCUGGUGCACGCGGAGCGCUACAUGGCGGUACUAAGGCCCCUCCGCGCCCGUGGGAGCACUCGGCUGGCCCUGCUCCUCACCUGGGCUGGCCCCCUGCUCUUUGCCAGCCUGCCCGCCCUGGGGUGGAACCACUGGGCCCCUGGUGCCAACUGCAGCUCCCAGGCUGUCUUUCCAGCCCCCUACCUCUACCUCGAAGUCUACGGGCUGCUGCUGCCUGCCGUGGGUGCUGCCGCCCUUCUCUCCACCCGCGUGUUGGUCACCGCCCACCGCCAGCUGCAGGACAUCCGCCGGCUGGAGCGGGCAGUGUGCCGAGGGGCACCCUCGGCUCUGGCCCGCACCCUCACCUGGAGGCAAGCGCGGGCACAGGCCGGAGCCACAUUGCUCUUUGGGCUGUGCUGGGGGCCCUACGUGGCCACGCUGCUCCUCUCGGUCCUGGCCUACGAGCAGCGCCCACCCCUGGGGGCUGGAACUCUGUUGGCCCUCAUCUCACUGGGCAGUGCCAGUGCCGCGGCCGUGCCUGUGGCCAUGGGGCUGGGUGAUCAGCGCUACACGGCUCCCUGGAGGGCUGCUGCGCGAAGGUGUCUCCACGCACUGCGGGGAAGAGCCUCCCGGGCCGGUCCUGGCCCCAGCACUGCCUACUGCACCAGCAGCCAAAGCAGCGUGGACCUGGACUUGAACUAGGGGCAGGGCCUCUGCGCACUCCUGCGAGAAGCGUCCACUGUCAUGGCCAACAAGCCCGUCUCCACUGGUCCCACACCUCUGUAUCAAAGACCCUGCCUCUGUUUUACCCCAGCCUAGCCGAAUA